AAUGAUUUUAAUUUUUAUGUGAAAACGGGACUGGAAUUCUUUUUCAAAUUUGGCUAUGCCUUCCUGAUCAUAACGUUAAUGAUAAUGAUAUGGAUGUCCUUGGCGCGAGCAUCAAUGCACAUGCAUGAAAUGGAUGAAAUGCGCUAUCCACCAUGCACACAGAAUGCGCUUUGUACGUGUUCAAAAUCAUCGACAGAUCUGGGCAUAGUGCAUUGCAAGGAUGUGCCAUUUCCGGCCCUACCUAAAAUGGUGAACGAAUCGAAGGUCUUUAUGUUGCACAUGGAAAAUACGGGUUUGCGCGAAAUUGAACCGUACUUUUUGCAAUCGACGGGCAUGUAUCGAUUAAAAAUAUCGGGCAAUCAUUUAACGGAAAUACCUGACGAUGCUUUUAUGGGACUGGAACGUUCGCUCUGGGAACUAAUAUUGCCGCAAAACGAUCUUGUAGAGAUACCAUCAAAAUCAUUUCGUCAUUUACAGAAAUUGCGUCAUCUUGAUCUAGGCAAUAAUCACAUAACACAGGUUCAACAUGACUCAUUUCGUGGCCUCGAAGACUCGCUACAAACGCUUAUUUUACGCGAUAAUUGUAUUUCCAUGUUGAUGGCACACAGCUUCUCGGGUCUACUCAUUUUAGAAACAUUGGAUUUGAGUGGCAACAAUCUGUUUGAAAUUGAUCCUAAUGUCUUUGUGGAUGGUAUGCCUCGCUUAACCAAGCUGUUGCUGACCGAUAAUAUCCUUUCCGAGAUACCAUAUGAUGCGCUUGGACCGUUGAAAAGUUUGCGAACCCUGGACAUAUCGCACAAUGUGAUAUGGUCCUUGAGUGGCAAUGAUACGUAUGACAUUAAAUCCGCCACAAAGCUUAAUUUGGACAAUUUGCACUUGGAAUACAAUCAUAUUUAUAUGUUGCCACCAAAUUCCUUUAAGAAUUUUGAUAUUGUGAACAGAACAUUCUUCGAUGGUAAUCCAAUACAUACGCUUAGGGAGGACGCGUUCAAACCUGCAAAAAUACGUGAGAUCUAUAUGCGCUACUGUGGGCUCACGAAUAUCUCACCAGUGGCGUUCGAUAGCUUGGUCAAUAGUCUGCAAAUAUUGGAUUUGUCGGGCAAUAAUUUAACUCAUUUGCAUCAUAAACUGUUCAACAAUUUCGAUGUGCUAAGAGUUAUUAGCCUGCGUGAUAACAAAAUUAAAAUUGAACAACCGUUGGAGACUUUUAAUGCCAUGCAAUAUACCUUACUCAAAUUGGACUUAAGCGGCGAUAAGAACGAUCCAACGAAUCUACAAACGCUACGCAAUAUGACCAGAAUGCGGAAUAUGCGCUCGCUGUCAAUGUCGCGCAUGGGUAGCGCUACCUCAAUAGGUCCGGAUGAUUUCAAGGAUUUCGGUGUGGAAUUAGAGGAUUUGCAAAUCACGCGCGCCACACUCGCUACUAUACAAUCGCAUGCUUUUAAACAUGUACGUGGGCUUAAGCGCUUGGAUUUUAGUGAGAAUGGCAUACAAACGAUUGAGAAUGAUGCAUUUCAUGAGAUUGGUCACUCCUUAAUAUCAUUAAAAAUUUCACAUGGCUUCACAGGCGCAGCAUUACCUGCUGAUCCAUUACGGCAUUUAACCUCACUACAAGAACUGGAUUUCAGUAACAACAAAAUAACUAGCAUGAGUGAUACUAGUUUUCAUUUCUUGAAAAAUUUACGACUACUGGAAUUACACGACAAUCGCAUCGAACAGGUCAUGAAGGGCACAUUUCAGGGUGAUAUACACUCGAAGUUGGAAGAGAUAUCUUUGCGUUUUAAUCAUUUAGCCCAAAUAUCACAACACACGUUCUUUGAUCUAGAGGCUUUACGUAAACUGCAUUUGGAUGAUAAUAAAAUUGAUCGUGUCGAACGAAGAGCUUUUAUGAACUUGGAUGAAUUGGAGCACUUGAGCUUGCGCGGCAACAAAUUAAAUAACCUCGCUGAGGAAUCCUUCCAGGUAUGAAUACAGAUUGCUUUGAUAACAAAUAACCGCAAUAAAAUAGGUAUUUAGCAAAUAAUAUAGAAAAAAUGGCUGUCUUCCGUUUA